CCGGGAACCGCUGUACUUCCCUGUCCCACCGUGCUCCGGAGGGUCGGGCACCGGCCGUGGGAAGAAAGGGGAAAAGCGGAGGAUCGCUGAGCUCCCGGCAGGAAUAGAAAUGGAGAAUCAGGGACCGGUACGAAAGGUUCAAAGGGGACGGAAAAAUUCUCAUCCCGUUCAGCUCGGAGCCAUCCAAGACUUCUCGGUUGCACUAGAUUCCCGGUUUAUUAAGCAGGAGCCAGAAGAAAACCUCCAGCAGCCUUGGGACGUUCAGUGGCAGGAUUUCCUGAAGGCAAUGCAGCCCUCUCGUUCCGGACAGAAACGCGCUCAGCUACCCAGUCCUUCCCAGUCCGUGGACAAUUCGCAAUCCUCAUUUAAGGAAACGGCUGAUUUGAAUCAGAGGCCAGGGAGAAAGAGACUAACCCAGCUUCUGCCAAGCCCCAUCAAAGAUUGCCGAGACUUCAUCUCCACAGUGAGAGUGAAGGAAGAAAUUUUGGAAAUGGAAGAAACCUUUGCCUCCGAUUUGGAGCGCCAGCAGUUCAGGCAGUUCUGCUACCUGGAGGCCGAAGGACCCAAGGAGAGCUUUUUCCAGCUGCAGGAACUCUGCUGGCAGUGGUUGAAGCCCGAGAGACGCACCAAGAAGCAGAUUCUGGACCUGUUAGUCCUGGAGCAGUUCCUGGCCAUUUUGCCCCCAGAGAUGCAGGGCUGGGUCAAAGAGGGCAAGCCAGGGAGCUGUGCCCAGAUGGUGGCCCUGGCAGAGGAUUACUUUCUGCGGGUGCAGGAGGCUGAGGGACUGCAAGAGAAGGUUUCCUGUCCGGCGGAAGAAGUCACUGUUAUUAAUUCUGCUAAAUCAGGGCAGGUUUCACCUGAAGCCGUGAAUAACCAUCUCUCUGCAGAGACUGAGGAAGAGAGUGAUGAAGAGGCCAGUUAUUUAGGCAAUGACCAAGGUUAUGAAAACGAGGAUGAGGACUUCCCCUUUGAAAGACACUCACAAGUAGGCAUCAGUGGACUGUCCUUGGCAAGACUCAAUGGGAAGUUAUAUCAGGUCUGUGGACUGGAAGAGAUGGCAGGAAGUGAGCUUCCCCAUCAAGAAAUCCAACAGGAAAACCAACCGGGGAUCCCAGCUUUCUUUCAUGAGGAAAGCUUACGAGAAAACACCUUCCCGCCGGGACGCCAGAAAGGAAAGAGAAAGAAGAUGGGUCCCCCCAGUUGGGGGACAGUUCUGAACCAUGGUUUUGAGUUUCCUCCGAACCAGAAAAUGCAGAAACUCUACACGUGCAGCUACUGCGGGAAGGUCUCUAAUAACAGCGCGCACAUGAUCAUCCACGAGAGGACUCACACCGGCGAGAAGCCGUACAAAUGCUCGGAAUGUGGGAAGUGCUUCAGCACAAACUGCAACCUGAUGAAACACACCCGGGUGCACACAGGGGAGAAGCCCUACCAGUGUCCCGAGUGCGGCAGGAGCUUCAGCGACAAGGCCUCGCUCAUCGUGCACGAAAGGACCCACACGGGGGAGAAGCCCUAUGAGUGCCCCAUGUGUGGGAAAAGCUUCACCUCCAGCUCCAACCUCAUCACCCACAAGCGGGUGCACACCGGGGAGAAGCCCUACAAGUGUUCCGAGUGCGGGCAGAGUUUCGUUCACCGGCCGCAGCUGGUGAUCCACAUCCGGACGCACACCGGAGAAAAGCCGUACGAGUGUCCCGAGUGCGGUAAAAGCUUCAACCAGAAAGCCGAUCUCAUCAUCCACCGGCGCAUCCACACCGGGGAGAAGCCGUACAAGUGUCCCGAGUGCGGGAAAAGCUUCAUCUCGAGCUCUUACCUUCGGAAGCACGAGCGGCUGCACGCGGGGAAGAAAGCGCCUGCGGGCGAAGAAAGCCACAAGUGCGGCUACUGCAGGAAGAGCUUCAUCAGCCGAUCCAAGCUGCUCAUCCACGAGAGGACCCACACGGGGGAGAAACCCUUUGAGUGCGCCGACUGUGGGAAGAGCUUCAGCACCAGUUCCAACUUGGUCAACCACAAGAGAGUCCACACGGGCGAGAAGCCGUACCAGUGUUCGGAUUGCGGGCAGAAAUUCAGCACGAACUCGAACCUGGUCAAUCACCGGCGGGUUCACACAGGAGAAAAGCCGUACCAGUGCGCCGAUUGUGGCCAGAAUUUUGGUCAUAAAGCUUCUCUCCGGAGGCACAAGAGAAUCCACUCCAGGGAAGCCACCUGAUGCUUGCUUGGAGCCGGGGCAAAAUGUUAAAGCCAAACUUACAGCCACGUGGAAAGCUGCCUUAUGCUACGAUAGAGUCUUGGCCCAUUGAGUCAGGGUCACUGGGAAGGAACCCUUCAUGGACAGGUGUAAUUCGCUGUCCUACCUGGAGAGAUCAGGCAUAGGAUGUACGCCGCUGAUCUGGGAUCGAUCAGCUGCGUUUCCAGAUUUUAUUAAAAAAUUCCCCUGCAGAAGGGAACAGCCGCAGCGGCAUUCGGUCUCUAAGCCUGCAAUUCAGGGGGACAUAUGCUUACUUGAGAACAAUUAAGUGGGGUUCUACCAAGCCCGCAAUUUGUUGCAGACGUCCCAGAAAUCACUCAGGGCUCUAUUAAGUCCAGCAAAGGACUUUGAUGUCUUUUUCUAACACUCAUGUUGUACCUGAAUGAUCCACCAAGAGAUUUGGGUCUCUCCAGGUCUAUUACACUGAAUAGUGACUAGUUAGGAUUUAUUUCGCAGUGGAGUUGUUGGGAUCUAGAUUCCUUCAGGGGUUGGAAUUGGGAGGGGCUUGGGUAGCCCCUUGGGAAGUUCAGAAACAAUUGAGAAAUAUUCCUUGAUAAGGAAGCACCAUUCGAAAUGCGUUAGCAACACCAUUGUGGUGGAAUGUAGUCUGAAGUCCCAAGAGGGAGGGGCUAGUUCUCAGAGGGCAAAAAAAGGUCAGCGGAGCUUGGAAUGUCUGUUAGGCAGGAAGAGGGCUAAGACGGCCCCUCCCAAGCAGUUCCCAGAGUAUAGAUAGUUCUUCAACUUACAACCAUUCACUUAGUGGUUUUUCAAAGUUACAAUGGUGGUUUAUGACAGUUUUUCA